AUGACGGCGCCGGCAGAGCCCCCUAGAUACGUUUACAAAAUCGUUGAUACGGAGCCACCGUUCCCUAUACCGGAGGUCUUCCCGCCGUCCGAGCUCGACAAGAAGGACGGUUUCAUCCAUCUGAGUGCGCCGUGGCAGCUCCCCAUCACAGCAGACCUCUUCUUCGGCGAGCACACCACCCUGUGGAUCCUCAAGAUCCGCCUGGCGAGCAUUGGGAGCGCCGUGAGGUGGGAGAGCCCGCCCAACGCGAGCGAGAGGUACCCGCACCUGUACGGCAGCCUGGGCCGGGCGGACGUCGAGUCCGUCGAGAGGUUCAAGAGGACCGCCGAUGAGAGGGGCGUGUUCCAGGGCAGAUGGAAGGACGUCUUUUCUGACUCGAGGUGGAGGGCCUGGGAGGAGGGGAAGGGGAUGGCGGUGGAAGAGUAG